UAAAUUCCCAACAAUUCUUCUAGUGUGAACCACCUCCGACGUUUGUUGUUUAGUUUAUUAAAACGGUGGAAGGAAAGGGCAAGGGCCAAUCCCAAUUUUUGCAAGGACCGUCGUCUGGGGCAUUUGUUUUUGUUGUCGUCCAUUUUUGUUGGUCCCUUCUCUUUUUGUCGGCGCUGCUGAGCUCCUGCAAAUUGCGUCGAGUGUUGUGUGCACACACCAAUUCAUUCGUAUAGUCCUCGAUUCCAAAAUUUCCCGUGACGGCUCCCCGUGAAAAUUGGGAAAUCCCUGUUCCCAGCCCUGAAACCUCGAAAACUACAUCAAGAAGAAUCCAAUUUUUUGAUUAUCUGCAAAGCCAAUUUGGAUGACCCACUUGGAAUUCUCGACAUCUUUUUCUUCGCCAUUGCUGGGUUUGUCAAUCGUCACUAACGUUGCAACGCUGUUGGAAAUCAUUUAGAUAUAUACUCAAGAUCGAACAGCUGCUUACCAGUCAGGCAGUCUAACUAAACGAAACUGAAAACUACCCCCUACCGUCUCUAUACGUGUGUGUGUCAAGUUGCCAAGUGCCAUCACCGGAGAGAUUAUUCGCCAUUCAAACGCGACCAUGCAGGUGGCCCGACCGACUCUGCCUCUGCUCAACAUCGAGCUGGCCCAGCGGAAGCAACCUCUCCUGCAGCAGCACCCGUCCGUUCAAAAGUCGGACGACGUUUCUGCCGAGGCGGCUGUGGGCAAUGUCAUCGAUCCUAUCCCGCCGACGCCUCUCUCGCCGCCGACUUUCCUGUCCAAGAUCCCGGCGCCGGCCUUGGCCGCCGACGUCUCUCCCGCCGAGAUCCUCUUGCUGAACGAGCGCUACCUGCUGCUGGAGUGCCUCGAGGGCGCCGUCUCGCCUCAAAGUCAACCGCUGCGGCGCUGCAUCGACACGGUCAGCGAGGAGAUCUACUUUUGCCGCGAGUGCUCGCCGACUUCGCCGUCGACGGCUACUCUGCUCGAGGCCCACCACCGCCUGAGGAACUCUGACGUCGUGACGCCCAUCCAGCACGUCGUCCACGCCGAGGGUGACGCUCAAACGCCAAAGCUCUAUCUCCUCUCGCCGGCCUCCUACGGCGACUUGCACUCGUAUCUGAGAUCCAAGCGACGGCUGAAAGAGAUCGAGGCCAGAAAUCUCUUCCGCCAGGCCGCCCAGGCCGUUUUCGAUUGCCAUCGCCACGGAGUCGUUCUCACCGACUUGAAGCUCAGACGCUUCGUCUUUGCCGAUCCGCAAAGGUCGAAAUUAAGAUUAGAAUCGUUGGAGGAAGCGAUAGUGCUGGAGCGAUCGGAUUCGGACGAUGGGGUUUGGCGGAAGCACGGGUAUCCGGCUUACGUGACGCCGGAAGUGUUGUUGAGUCGUGGCGCCCGCUAUUCCGGCCGUGCAGCUGAUCUUUGGUCUCUGGGCAUCAUCCUCUACACGCUUCUGGUUGGCCGCUAUCCGUUCCAGGACUCGGGACCAUUCGGGCUCUUCACCAAAAUCAUCCGCGGCCACUUUACCGUUCCGGAUUUUGUGUCGUCCAGGGCCAGGUGUCUCAUCCGCCACCUGCUCCGUCGCGAUCCUUGCCAGCGACUGGAGGCCGGCGACAUUCUGCUCCACCCUUGGUUCUCGGCAGUUUUGCGCACGGCCAAAGUGGAUCAAGUGAAAAGCAAACCGGAAGUAACUGGCGUGGGUUUCGUGAGGCCCGAACUCUCUGUCGUCGAUCAAGUGGUUCCCGAAGCCGUGGCCGACUCCUCUCGAAUGGAAGAUUGAUUGGGAAAUGAAUUCAAAAAAAGACAUAAAAGAAAAAAAAAGGAACCCGCUUAUUUCACAUUUUGUUGAUAAUCAUCAUACUAUUGUGUCAUAAAUUUUCUUUGUCAGUGUGAUUGUGCGCGAAUCGUAUGAAUGGAGAAUAUUGAUCGUAUGUUAAUUUGUAUCACACAGCCAACGUAUUACCAUUUUAUUAUAAAUUUGGUCAAACAUGG